CCGGCGCACGAAGUCCGGCAGCUCGAGGCGCGGCCCGAGCGCACGCUCCACGCGGCCCCAUCGCAGCUCAGCUUGCAGGCUGCCGCCUUCCGGCCACUGCGUCCCGUUCUCGACCGCCGCCAGCCCCGCAGCUGCGGGCUCCUGCAGUGACGGCCCUGGGUAGCUGGGCGCUGGGAACGGCGGUUGCAGGGCCGCGGCGUAGGCCUGCGGGAAGGCCCACAAGGGCGGCGUGACCACUAGCGUCGCGCCCGUGGCGUGGAAGCAGUGGUAUUCCCGCGGAGCCGUCCACUCGCCCGCGCUCAGGCUCGGGGGCCGGCUGCAGAAGUUGUGGGCCUGAAUGGGGGGCAGCGGCGGAGGGGCGGGCAGGUAGGUGUAGGUGAGGUGCUGCAGCAGAGGCCAGACGUCCUGCCCAGGCGCCAGGCAGCAGUAUGUGUACAUGGUGUGAAGCUCAGGCGGCCGGCAUUGUUACUGGGAUCUCGUCCUGGUCCAGACCUGGGGGACAAGGAUGGCCAGACUGCCCGUGGCCAUGAGCGCUCCUCAGUACUCCUGGGGCUGAGGCUGGGCUGGCCGCCAUGGGGCUGGGUGGGCCCUGGGCCUGGCUGCUGGGCCUGCCCACGGCCAUGGUCUAUGGCUCCCUGGCCCUCUUCAUCUCUGUCCUGCACAACGUGUUCCUGCUUUACUACGUGGACACCUUUGUCUCAGUGUACAAGAUCAACAAAGCUGCCUUCUGGGUCGGAGAGACGGUGUUUCUCCUCUGGAACAGCCUCAAUGACCCCCUCUUCGGCUGGCUGAGUGACCGUCAGUUCCUCAGCUCCCAACCCCGGUCAGGCGCCAGGCUCUCCUCGAGGGCCGUGGUGCUGGCACGGGUGCGGGCACUGGGCUGGCAUGGGCCGCUGCUGGCACUGUCAUUCCUGGCGUUCUGGGUGCCCUGGGCCCCGGCUGGCCUGCAGUUCUUGCUGUGCCUGUGCCUCUACGAUGGCUUCCUGACGCUCGUGGACCUGCACCAUCAUGCCUUGCUGGCCGACCUGGCCCUCUCAGCCCACGACCGCACCCACCUCAACUUCUACUGCUCCCUCUUCAGUGCGGCUGGCUCCCUGUCUGUCUUUGCCUCCUACGCCUUCUGGAACAAAGAAGACUUCUCUUCCUUCCGCGCCUUCUGCCUGGCACUGGCCGCUGGCUCUGGGCUGGGCUUUGUGGGGGCCACACGGCUGCUGAGGUGGCGGGUGGAGGCGGCCAGCAGGGAACCGGGGUGCCCAACCCUGGCUGUGGAUGGCGGCCUGUGUGAAGAAGAGCUGCUUCUGGGCGGCGAGGAGGCGGGCAGCAUCACCUUGGGCCAGUACCUCCGGCAGCUGGCCCGCCACCGGAACUUCCUGUGGUUCGUGGGCAUGGACCUGGUGCAGGUCUUUCACUGCCACUUCAACAGCAACUUCUUCCCCCUCUUCCUGGAGCAUCUGUUGUCAGACCACAUCUCCCUCUCCACAGGCUCCUUCCUGUUGGGCAUCUCCUAUGUCGCUCCCCAUCUCAACAAUCUCUACUUCCUGCCCCUGUGCCGGCGCUGGGGCGUCUACGCUGUGGUGCGCGGGCUCUUCCUGCUCAAGCUGGGCCUGAGCCUGCUCAUGCUGUUGGCUGGCCCCGACCGCCCCGGCCUGCUCUGCCUCUUCAUUGCCAGGUAUGCCCUGCCCUCCCUCAUCCCCACACCUCUGUCCCACCCCUUCAUUUUUGUCUGCUCUCUCUCCGCCGGCAGCAACCGUGUCUUCACUGAGGGCACCUGUAAGCUGUUGACCUUGGUGGUCACUGACCUGGUGGACGAGGACCUGGUGCUGAACCACCGCAAGCAGGCGGCCUCAGCGCUUCUCUUUGGCAUGGUGGCCUUGGUGACCAAACCAGGCCAGACCUUCGCCCCGCUGCUGGGCACCUGGCUGCUGUGCUUCUACACAGGUCAUGAUCUCUUCCAGCAGCCGGCACUGACGCCUGUGGGGAGUGCCCAGCCCUGGCCAGAGCCCCCAGCUCCACCCCCACCACAGGCCCCGACGCUCCGCCAGGGCUGCUUCUACCUGCUGGUGCUGGUGCCCAUCACCUGUGCUCUGCUGCAGCUGUUCACCUGGUCCCAGUUCACGCUGUAUGGGAGACGCCUGCACGCGGUCAAAGCCCAGCGUCAGAACCUGUCACGGGCCCAAACCCUGGACGUUAAGACGGUGUGAGGGGAGCGGCAAGGCCACCUGCUGAGGACACUACCUGCAGCCCUGGGUAGCCAGCCCAGUGUCCUGCUCUAUCGCCUUCCUGGGGUGCAGCCUGGAGGACAGAUGGCGGAGUGGGAGCUCCUGGGGCUGCGUGGGGAGCGUCACUGAGGUCUAAGUUCCUGCUUGGCUGUUGGGCCCAGCUUGGGCAAGGGUUGGGGCAUUUGUGCUCAGGGACCUGCUUCCUCCUAUGCGGCAGGAGGAAGCAGAGGACCAUGAAGGGAGGGGGCCUGCCCUGUGGUCACGUGGGGUUGCUGUGGGCACAGAGGCCUAUCCCCCUACCUGGCUGGGGCUGGUGCCCUAUGUGGGCCCGGAAACCACUUUGGCCCAGUCAGAGGAAGCUGAGUCCCACCUGCCCCUUGCGGUGGCUUCUCUCAGAACUCUCUGCCUCAGCUGUGCCUGGAGUAGCACGCCCUAGCUGCUGCAGGGCGCCCGCGCCCCCAGCUGGCCUCUCAGCGAGGUUCAUUUCAUCACAGACUGAUCGAAGUCGGUCAUUUCUAUUCCCACUCCCGAGGUCUGUGCUGUGUGUGGGAGUGGUGGUUUGGGGAACAGGAUUCCUUACUUAAUAAGAGCAGCCUGGGAGCAUUUUCAGAGGUGGGUGGGGGGCCACCCACAUCAGAGUCACUGAGGUAGCAGGGAGAGCCUGCAGGCCCGUGGCUGCAUGGGCCCUUGGGAGCAAAACAGCUUUCAGGCCUGCGGUCGUAGCCCCAGUGCGUUUCCCAUGUACCACUGCUGGACAUGGUGGGCAAGGAGGAGUGGCCACUUCUAGGCUAGGGGUCCUUAACCUUGGAGUUGCUGGGGAGCUUGCAAAGAUGCUGGUGUCUGAGUUGUUCCCCAAGAUUCUGAUUUCAUGGGUCUGGGUACCGCCUGGCACUGGCGUUUUGGAAAGCUCUGUGGUGAUUUUACCGUGCAGCUGGGACUGAGAACCUCUGCUUGAGGUCAGCGUCUCAGCCUCGGCACUACAGACAUUUGGGGCUGGGUUGUUCUUUGUUGUGGAUGUUUAGCAGCAUCCCUGGCCUCUGCCUACUAGAUGUCAGCAGCAUCUCCCUCCAGUUGUGACGACCAAACAUCUCCAGGCAUUGCCAAGUGUGUCCUAAGGGGCGAAACUGACUUUGAUUGGGAACCACUGUUCUAGGCCAAUGGUUAUUUGAGGGUGUGCACAGCGGUUAAGAAUGUAGGCCCUAGGGCUAUAUUGCCUGGGUUCAAAUUCUAGCUAACAAAGGGCAGAGCUCUGGGAAAUUAUAUAAUCUCUCUGUGGCUCUAUUUCAUUAUCUGUAAAGGGAAUAACAAACAUACUUACACUUUGUACGGUUGGUUGUUGGGAGAAUCAAAUGGAUUAACAUUUGUAAGGUGCCUGGAAAACCGCUCCCCCCCCCACCCCCUCCCCGCAAAGUAUACAGGUUUAAAAUGGAGAACUGAUUAAUCAGAAUAUCUGCACGUGGGCCCCGGGAACUGUAUUUUAAUAGGCUUCUGACUUCAGAGAUGUGAAGAGCUGGCCCCCUCAUUUGGGGUGGAGUCUCAUCCAUGGGCUUGGGCAUGUGCACAGGCCUGGGACCCUCAUUCCUGACCUGGUCUUCGUUGUGAACACCAUCUUCUCUGCAUCCACCUGACAGGCUGGGGCUUGGGCUAAGGUCAGGCCAAGUCUGGCUGGUGCAACAGUGCCCUCUAGAGGACAGACUAGGCCCAGUCGCAGCCUCAGAUUCCAGGCCCACAGCUCCUCCCUCCUCCCACCCCUGCACUGGCUACAGACAGAGGCCCAGCUGAUGUGUCUAUUGGAACGAGUUUAUUUAAGUACACUGGGCCCCACCAGGCAACGUGGUUUGUGCGAGGCUGUGCGAGGGACAGGCUUGGGCUAAGGGGGGGGAGGUGAGCUGGUUAAGCACACUGCAGUCUGUGGGUCGCCACAUCGCUUUCACACACACCUGCUGCUGCGGCCCACACCUGGCAGGGCCUUUGGUCGUUGGACGGCAUGGGGGAGAAUACUGCCUGGAAUCUGGGAUCAGGGCAGGUCUUGGUGUCACAGGUGAGGGUGCCGGUGAAUAUCUGCUAGCCCCAGCUUUGCACCAUCUGGCCUGAAGAGACUUGGGACCAUUGCCAGGCCAGCCCAGUCCAGGUUAGGCACGUGGCCCCACUGGACCAGAGGAGGUGAGCCUGAGCCCAUCAGCUCCUGGCACUCUUGUCUGGCCCCUCCCUAACCAAACAAGUACAAAGACAAGAAUGGCACAAAUCAGCCCAGAGGGGGCCAUCUCGCCUCUACAACCUAGUCCCCCCUGGGUCAGCUAGCGUGGGAAAAGGCAACUUAAUUGCAGCUCUUUCUCCAGUCCUAAGGAGGCUGGAUCCCCAACACCCCUCCUUUGCUAGCAGCCUCCUGUUUCAGAAAAUCCAACCAGCAACCAGCCUGUUGAUUCCAGGCCGGUGAGCAAGUGGAAGAGGGAGAAAGGAAGAGGCUGGAGUGACUUUGAGUGUAGCCUCUGAUCCCAAAUGGUCCUGAGGCCUAUGGAUACUGUCAGUUCACCGUUAGCAGGGAGUGGCGGGGCCCUGGACGCUACGCUAAGCUUAGGUGCUGUAAACGUUAGUGUGAACAGGGUGACUGGCGGGCAGGAGGCAGUGAGCUCCCUCGCUCCAGUUCCUGUACUGAACAAACACUUCAAUAAAUAAAACUGAAGAUGGCUU